AUAAAUUUUCUCUAAUUUUUCGUUUUGUAAAAUGAUGGUCACCUCUGCUUCUAAUAUACCUCACUGCUCUUACUCACCAUUCCCAAUUAUCAACAAGCAAAUUCACCCACAAUCCUGGGGAAAUGGGAACCCAUCAUUAUCCCUGAAACAAGCAAUGAAACCCAGUUCUUGUACAUUCAGUAAUGAGCCACAAAUUUCCUUCAUAGAUGCAGAAGAAAAAAGAAGGUUUAAGUGGGUCGAGAUUGGUCCAGGCAUUACAGAAGAACAGAGACAAGCCAUUGAUAAGCUUCCAUUUAAAAUGACAAAGCGAUGCAAGGCUUUGAUGAAACAGAUUAUUUGCUUUAAUCCCGAAAAAGGGAGUCUGGAAGAUUUAUUGGGUGCUUGGGUUAAUGUUAUGAAGCCCAGGAGAGCUGACUGGCUUGUGGUUCUUAAAGAAUUGAAGAUAAUGGAACACCCUCUUUAUUUCCAGGUGGCAGAAAUUGCCCUACUUGAAGAAACUUUCGAAGCCAAUAUUCGUGAUUACACUAAGAUAAUUCAUGGUUAUGGGAAGCAAAACCGGCUUCGAGAAGCUGAAAACAUUCUAGAUGCCAUGAAGAGAAGAGGUUUUAUCUGUGAUCAGGUAACUCUAACAACCAUGGUUCACAUGUACAGCAAGGCUGGAAAUCUGAAGUUAGCUGAAGAUACCUUUGAAGAGAUUAAGCUGCUCAGCCAACAACUCGAUAAAAGAUCAUACGGCGCUAUGAUUAUGGCUUACAUCAGAGCUGGAAUGCCUGAACAAGGAGAAGGUUUGCUUAAGGAAAUGGAUAAUCUAGAAAUCUAUGCUGGAAGUGAGGUUUACAAGGCCCUGCUGAGAGCAUACUCCACGAACGGCGAUACCGAUGGUGCACAAAGGGUGUUUGGUGCUAUUCAGCUCGCCGGUAUUUCUCCCGAUGCCAAGCUUUGCGGACUCCUGAUAAAUGCCUAUCAAGUGGCGGGUCAAAGUGAAGAGGCACGUGUUGCUUUUGAGAACAUGAGGAGAGCUGGUCUCGAGCCUAGCGAUAAAUGUGUAGCACUGGUGUUGGCUGCUUACGAAAAGCAGAACAAGCUUAAUAAGGCCCUGGAGUUUCUUAUGGAUUUGGAGAGAGAUGGAAUUGUGGUUGGAAAAGAAGCUUCAAGUAUACUGGCUCAAUGGUUUAAAAAGCUUGGGGUAGUUGAACAAGUGGAACAAGUCUUGAGAGAAUUUGCUGCUAAAUAAAGUAAGUUCCAUCCUCAUAAUUAUCUUUGAGGCCUUGUAAAUUAGUCCCUGCGCAUUUAAUUUCGAAGAAAAGAAGAUUUAACAGUGGUAACCUUGAAGGAUUAGAAAUACUGGCUUGUCAUGUUUUGAAGUAACUUAAAGAAUAAAAGAAAAACCAAAAUUAGUAUUUUUAGAA